AUGGUCACUCUUGCACCGGAGGAUUCCAACCCCUGGACGCCCCUGGUGCCCUUCUCCCCAUCCAUGUGGAUGUGGCUCGGCAUAGCUGCCGUGCUCUUCGCCCUCACAAUCCUCUUCCUGGAACGCCGCAACAACUCCCUCUUCCUCCCUCCCUCCUUCCCCUCCCCUGUUCCCCUCUUCCCACCCCCUCUCCUUACCCUCCCCUGCUCACCUCCCCCACAUCCCCCACUGCCGUGCUCUUCGCCCUCACAAUCCUCUUCCUGGAACGCCGCAACAACUCCCUCUUCCUCCCUCCCUCCUUCCCCUCCCCUGUUCCCCUCUUCCCACCCCCUCUCCUUACCCUCCCCUGCUCCCCUCCCCCACAUCCCCCAGUCGUCCGGUCUUGCAAUGGUGACCCUCGCACCGGAAGACUCCAACCCCUGGACAGCCCUGGUGCCCUUCUCCCCCUCCAUGUGGAUGUGGCUCGGCAUAGCAGCAGUCCUCUUCGCCCUCACAAUCCUCUUCCUGGAACGCCGCAACAACUCCCUCUUCCUGCAACACUCCGUCGAGGGAGACACCAAGGCCGAGCGCUGCCGCUCGAAAGCCUUCUCGCUGCUGCAGGAUUUCUGGGAGGCGCUGUGGAUCUCCUUUCAGAGUUACUUUCUUGUGCCCGUGGAGGUCCACACACUGCUGGCUCGGGUGCCGGUGCUGGUGUGGUAUGGGGUGGUGCUCAUUCUGAGCACCUCGUAUACGGCCAACCUCACCUCAAUCUACACCGUCAACCUGCUCACUCCUCCUCUCCAGGUGUGUUGUUGUGUGGGUGUGACAGUGACGAGCGCCACUAUGCGCACUGGCUGCACCUCGUAUACGGCCAACCUCACCUCCAUCUACACCGUCAACCUCCUCAUGCCGCCCCUCCAGUCGGUCGGGGAGGCAGUGGUCCGGGGCUCCAUCAUUGGCUACCAAGCCGGCUCCUUUAUCCGAUCCUACCUGCUGCAGAUCGGGCUCAAACCAUCCCAGCUGGUGCCGCUCAACAGUGAGAGCGACUACUACAAGGCGCUGAGAGCAGGGAGGGUUGUAAAGUCCCAGCUGGUGCCGCUGAACAGUGAGAGCGACUACUACUGCAUUCCCCCGCUCCCUUCCCAGCUGGUGCCUCUGAACAGUGAGAGCGACUACUACUGCAUUCCCCCGCUCCCUUUAACCCCCCCCCCACCCUCUCCUCUCUGCUGCCUCCCCCCUCCCCCAUGCUGCCGCCCCUCUCUUUCCCCAUCUGCCAGUCCCAGCUGUCCCAGCUGGUGCCUCUCAACAGUGAGAGCGACUACUACUGCAUUCCCUCCCUCCCUCCCUCCCUCCCUCCCUCCUUCCCUCCCUCCCCCACCUCCAUUCCCUUGA